AUGGCAGUUAAAAUAUGUCAGAGUAACAUGUCAUGUGACAACAAAAGUGAAGAACAACAAUCGAAAACUAAAUAUAAUAAAUACGCAAGGACAUGUAUCAAGACUUGGAAAACAAUUUAUUGCAUUCUAACUGAUAAUGUUAAUAGAUGGCGUUUAGUCCGUGGAAUAUUUAGUUAUUUUGCUGGUAUCUUGUCAGCUCUAUUUUUUUGGCAAAUAUUCAUCAUAAAUUUGAAUUUUUUAGGUCCCGGUUUUACAUUUAGUAAACGAAUUCGUUGCAUAAUUUGCCUCAUAUAUUUAGGUUGUCUUGGAAAAUCUGGACGAAGUUAUUUGAGAGCAUUAUUUUUCGCCUUAGUUAUUUCAGGUCCAAUAACUAAUAUGGUUUUGAAUACUAAAGAAGUAGUUCGAGUAUUCGCAUGUGCUACUAUUCUCACUUAUAAUUUAACAAAAACACGUUUUGAUUUAAUGACAAAACCAUUUACGAAAGCUGUCAUUCUAAUGAAAGAUGACAUGCAUCAAAUAAAAGAUUCAUUGAAUGAAAUUGAAUCAAUUAUAGAACCGAUACGUUCAGAAAUUGAAGAUGAAGAAAUUUUAGAGAAUUUCAUGAAUAAAACUGUAAAUAAAAGGCAAACUUACAUUGAAGGCGAUCAAAUGAAGGACGACGAUGAAAUAGAAAUUGCCAUUAAAUAUCAAAAAAUGUAUGAAGAAAAAUUUCGUCGGCGAUGUGAAAUGCAAUUUGAGAAAGGAAAAAAUAAAUGUAUUGAAGCUUUUGCACAAAUGUAUGAUAAAUGCAUGGAAAUGAUGCCAAUUGUUGUCAAUUAUUUAUUAUGUUGGCCAAUGAAAAUCGAUUUAAUGUGCCAUAUGUCACUUGGUACCAGUGAAAUAUGUGAUCCUAAAGAUGCAAUAAAUUCGACUUUUGGUGAAACAUAUUCGAAAGUAAAAGAAAUCGGAGAACAAUUUUCAAAAAAUAUUACAAAUGUUAAAGUUAAUUAUACUGUCAUUAAUCCAAAGAAUAUUCCUGGUGUAAUCUCAGCCCAAGAGACCGGAGAACGAGUUGUUAAAAGUUUUAAUGCAAAAAUUAAAUUAUUUGAAUUUUGCAUAGAAAUUAUCAAUAGAAUUUUAGCCUUUAUAUUCGUGAGACUAGUUAUAAAUUCCUAUAAAUAUAAUAAAAUGUAUUUGAAGAAUAUUGAUUUCGAUAAUCUUUAUAUUACAAAUUAUUUCAAGAAAAUUGAUGAGAGAAGGAAGACCCGAAAUAAUCACACUCUACUACCAUUAAAAAAGUUCGAAAGAAAUCUAAUAAUUGAUCCAGAAGAUCAUUCAACUAAGACUAAAGCUGAAAAAUCUAGAUUUUUUAUAAAUUUAUUAAAAUUUUUAUUAGAAUUAUCAACUGUUAUUGUAUUUCUCUUACUAGAUUAUAUUUUUUAUUAUAUGCUAAAUUUGAUUCGGAAACAUUCAAAAAUUACAUACCAUCAAAGUGGUUCACAUAAUUUAAAUUUUCAUAUUAAUGGAACCGGUCUCAUAGCAAAAUUAUUGCGUUCUUCAUUAUUGGCAUUCAAUACAAAUGAAAGUAUUUCAACGUUCUUAAGUAAUGAACCGUGCCUACCGAAGCCUUACAGAUUAGAAAAAAUGUUUUAUACCAAAUUUUGGGGCUUAGUUAUUUUAAUAAUCAUUUUAAUCUACCAUGAGAUUCCAUUGAUGAGAACAAGACGUUUAAUUUGUUGUUAUUUUUAUCCGAAACGUGAGAAGAAACGAAUUUUACAUUUAUACAAUUCAAUGUUGAAACGAAGACGAAUAAUUUUGGGAAGUAUGAGAAAUGAAUUGCUUGAAAAAUGUCAAAAAUAUCUUCGAUUGAAAUUUCCAAAGCAAUUCACCUGGCUAAUGUAUUUCAAGUAUGCACGUAGAAAAUGUCUGAUUUGUAAUGAAAUGGAACAAAAUAUUAAUUUAUUGAAAAGGAAUUCAAAGAAUUUGAAAAAUUUUGAAACUAGUAUUGGAACUUAUCAUAUCCUAACAACUGGUAUAAUUGAAUGUCCAACAAAAAAUUGUAAUGUAAUUCAUUGUAAGGAAUGUUGGAGAGAUAUAGGUGAAAUAUGUUUGGCAUGUUCAAAGCAAUCUGCCUGA